AUGUCUCAUGGGAAAUGUUCUGCACCAAGACACGGCUCUGAAGGGUUCUUGCCCAAAGAGAGAAGCAAGCGUCUCCGGAGUAAGGUAAAGGCCUUCCCCAAGGAUGACAAGAGCAAGCCAAUGAACCUGACCGCCUUUAUCGGUUACAAGGCUGGUAUGACCCAUAUUGUGCGAGAGAUCGACCGUCCUGGAUCCAAGACAAACAAGAAAGAGGUUGUGGAGGUUGUCACUAUCAUUGACGGUCCUCCCAUGGUGUUUGUGGGUGUUGUUGGCUACAUCGAGACCCCAACUGGCUUGAGGACACUCAGGACAGUGUUUGCAGCUGACGAGACCGGCAAGAAAGCCAUCAAUACUGACCUAAAGAAGAUCAAGAAGGAGAAUUUUACCCCACUGAGAAGGUUCCCUAACUAUGGUGAGGUCAGGAACGACUACAUCAAGCUCCGAGGCUGUUGUUCUCUGAUGACUAGUUUCCGUCGUCGUCUCAUGGAGAAGAUCACUCUUAAAUUCAUUGACACCUCCAGCAAAUGGGGACGUUUCCAGAUUCCCGAGGAGAAGCGCGCCUUCAUAGAUACACUCAAAAAGGAACUUUUGUUCAAGGAGGCUCCUGCCGCAUCUUUUUAA